GUCAAAUAGAAACUCGUUUUACUCUGUUUGCUUUCGUUGGUUCUUAAUUGGGAAACAGUUUCCGUAAUGAAUACGCCCCUGUUCUCCCAGCCCGCAGAAAUUGAGCUGUUGCGGUACUUACAACCGGCAGAUACUUCUGUUCUGAUUUAACGCAGGAAAACUCAGCCUCGUCGAAAUUUCAGGUGGCGUCGUUGAGGAGGGUUGGAGCACAGACAAAAUGGUGACCAUUCCUGAGUACUAUGAGGGGAAGAAUGUGCUGAUCACAGGGGCCACAGGCUUUAUGGGAAAAGUCCUGCUGGAGAAGCUGCUGCGGUCCUGCCCUGGAGUCAAGGCCGUGUACGUCCUGGUCCGGCCCAAAGCGGGACACGCUCCCCAGGCCCGCAUCGCAGACAUGAUCAACUGCAAGCUUUUUGACAGGUUACGAGAUGAACAGCCAGACUUUGCUGAGAAGAUAGUGGCUGUGAACAGUGACCUCACACUGCCAGAACUGGACCUGAGCAAAGAGGACCAGGAAACGCUUGCUGACUGCAUCAACAUAGUCUUCCACUGUGCUGCAACCAUCCGAUUCAACGAGCCUCUAAAAGAUGCUAUGCUGCUGAAUGUUCUAGCCACCCAGAAGAUGGUGGCUCUGGCCCACAGAAUGAAGCACUUGGAGGUGUUCCUCCACGUGUCCACAGCCUACGCCAACUGUGACCGAACACUCAUUGAGGAAGUGGUUUACCCAACUCCUGUUGACUACAAGAAGCUCAUCGACAGCCUAGAGUGGAUGGAUGAGAAGCUGGUCUCGGCGAUGACCCCAGGGCUGAUUGGAAAAAGGCCCAACACGUACACCUACACCAAGGCCAUGGCUGAGUACCUGGUCCAGCAGGAGUGUGGAAACCUCAACGUGGCUAUAAUCAGGCCCUCUAUAGUAGGGGCCAGUUGGAAAGAGCCAUUCCCAGGUUGGAUUGAUAAUUUCAAUGGACCUAGUGGAAUAUUCAUUGCAGCAGGAAAGGGCAUCCUGCGCACCAUGAGAGCGUCCAACAACGCGGUGGCUGACCUGGUGCCUGUGGACGUGGUCAUCAAUACCACACUGGCUGCUGCCUGGUACUCCGGCUCCCAGAGACACACCAGGCCUAAGAGCAUAUUGGUGUACAAUUGCACGACAGGCAGCAUCAACCCGUUCCACUGGGGUGAAGUUGAGUACCAUGUAAUAUCCACUUUCAAGAGGAACCCCCUCGAGCAGGCCUUCAGACGGCCCAAUGUAAAUCUCACAACCAAUCACCUUAUCAAUCAGUACUGGAUCGCUGUAAGCCACAAGGCACCAGCCUUCCUUUAUGAUCUCUGCCUCAGGAUGACGGGAAGAGAGCCCAGGAUGAUGAAGACCAUUACAAGGCUGCACAGGGCCAUGAUGGUGCUGGAGUACUUCACCAGCCACUCGUGGGUGUGGAAAACUGACAACGUCACCAUGCUCAUGAACCAGAUGGGCGCUGAUGACAAGAGGACAUUCAACUUUGACGUGCGACAGCUGAACUGGGCAGAGUACAUGGAGAACUACUGCAUGGGGACAAAGAAGUAUGUCCUGAACGAGGCUGAGUCCGGCCUGCCAGCUGCACGCAAACACAUCAACAAGUUGAGGAACAUCCGCUACACGUUCAACACGGUCCUGGUCGUGUUCAUCUGGCGAGUGUUCAUCGCGCGGUCCCAGAUGGCCAGGAACAUCUGGUACUUUGUGGUCAGCCUCUGCUUCAAGUUCCUGUCCUAUUUCCAAGCGUCCAGCACCAUGAAAUGCUGAGGCCACGUGGUGUAGUCAACCUGACCCCGUCCAUCCACCCUCCUCAACCCAGCAACCCCAGUCUAGUCCGCCUUCUCUCCCUCCUGACCAGCCCCCCUUCAGAGACAGAAGCUAUGUAUCCGACAAGGCUUUGCAAAUCCUGGAACUAUUUUGAGUCACUUAAUCUACUGUAUGUGAUAUGUCCCCUUCUCUUUGCAGUGUGAUCCCUGAUGUGGGGGGUUGUACUGCAUUUGACUAAGCAUGACUCUAAUCAGACCCCAGGUCCUGUGACGCUCCCCUUGCACAUUGAUAGUCAGCCAGACAGAGAGUUAUUGAUGGAGCACUGCUUUGCUGACUGUCCCCAGGGUGGUCAGGCGGUGGCUUUGAUUUAAUGGUUUAAAUUUUCCUGCUUGAAUGGGGUGAAGGCACCCAUAUACUGUAUGCUUGAUGGUGGCAAUGACUAAUUCCCAAUGACAUGAUCAAGCACAAGGUAGAUAUAACGGGAUGGCUUUUUACAGUGCCUAAAAG